UGACCGGAAGCUCAACAUGGAGCGGUUGAGCCUGCGCGCUUUUAAAAUGAAAACAAACCCCGGCGGGUUUUUGUUUUGCUUGUUUUAUCAGCAAAAUAAUAUAUCUAUAAUAAUGGAUCUAUGACGCAUGCUUGUGUUUAAAAGUCAGUCAGAGUCGCUCUUCGUCGCGCAGACCGAUGAACGACGAAAGCCAAAGAGCGAAUUCAUCAAACCUGGGUGAGGAGUAACGUGCGGGCACGAGCGGCCAGCUAACGACAGCGCAGCUUCAAACAUUAUCUGCGUGUCAACUGUCCCAACAAUAACGGUGCAUGUGCUGCGGCCUUGAAGGAGUCCACCGCUGUGUUCCGUGCAGUGAGCGAGCAGCACCGGCUCCUUAAUGUCGCUGACGACAGCAUUUAACUCUGUCAAUACGGACCCUUGUUGAUCCCCGAGCCGAACUUUGUCCACCAAUGUCUCCCACUUAAACCGGCUCUCUUUGCUUGCGUAUGGGCACAGAUGGGGACGUGCUGCCGUGGCCUUCUAAUGUGAGACGACGUGCUCCAUCAUGGAUGACUCGGACCAGGACUUUGUGGAUCUCUGCUCGAAGCUGCUGAAACGAGUCCGCAAGAAACCGGGUGAGUCCAGACAGCCGAGCGACGGAGACAAGAGGCGGAGGAACCACAGAAGAGGGGGACACGGGGACUCCGGGUCUCGUACUGGUGCAGACCAGCAUGUGGUCCGUGGAGGGAAACAACACGAUUCAGGAGAUGCCCAGUCGUCCUCUGUGCCCUCAGCAGAACCAGAACCAGAACCGAGCGGCUCGCUGGCGAGAGACAAAGUCCUCCACCGGAUGCAGCAGUUCAAGAGAGCCGGUCCGCAGAGGAUGGUGCACAAGGACGAGGGUCACCCGGCAAACCACGAGAACGAUGGCGCUCCUCCUCUGACACAAAGACACGGUACGCCGCACUCUUCCGGUUCAGGUCUCCACCCGGAGCCCCCGGACAGUGACGAGGCUCUGGCCCUGCGGCUGCAGCAGGAGCUGGACAGGGAGGCAGCAGAGGCCCAGACGGUGGACCUGGAGGACAGAGGCCUCUUCUUCUGUCAGAUCUGCCACCGAGAUCUGUCACGUAUGACACCCGAGGGGCGAACGCAGCAUCUCAACAGGUGUUUGGAUGAGAGUGAAGGGAGCGCUCCAGCCCCCCCUCCGCCGCCUCCCGGUGUCCCCGGCUGUCCCAUCUGUGGCAAGAAGUUCAAGUCUCAGAAGAGUCGCUCGGCCCACCUGAAGCGCUGCUCCUCAGACAUGGGUGUCGCUCCGGCUGUGCUGCUGCAGGCUCUGCAGAGGCAGACUGAGGAAACCCAAAAUGUCCCCACUGAUUACACCCUCACACAGGCUGGUGGCACCAAAAGAAAAGGGUUGUCCAAGCCGGGCCUGCCGGUGAGGAAGAAGCCCAGAAAGAAGACCGCGCCCCUGGACGACGAGACCAUGGUGGCCCUGGCUUUGUCCUCCUCCCUGCUGGAACAGGAGCAGCGGGGCAAGAAGUCAGAGACGCAAUCCCAAACGAACGCUGCUGCCUCUCACAUCUCCAUGACUUCAGCAUUGAAGCGGAGGCCAGACACAGGUAAGGGGCGUAGGAAGAGGAAAAAGGGCGCCGUGCCUCGCCCUCCUCCACUCCUGCUCGUUCAGGAUGCAGAGGCGGCUCUGACGAGGCUGCAGGAGCGCGUCUCUGCUCUCCUCCCGCGCAGCCGCGCCCCCUCCCCCCCCACCCCGACCCGCUGCCCCAGCAGUCUGCCCGGCUGGAGCGGUGCUGCCGUCCUCUGGCAGAAGUGUACACUGCUGGGCGGAGCCUCCGCUUCUCUGUCUGAUUUCUACACUCCCGAGCUCAGGGAGUUCAUCACACCGUGGGAAUCGGCAACGACUGAUGCAGCCUCCUCCAGCACCACCAACAAGCCUCAGUCUUCUGGCCAACUGGUGAGUGAAGGAACCCCUGACCCAGAGACCAGGGCCUCCAUGCUGCCAUCCUCCUCCCAGAUGUCCUCCUCUCAGACGGCUUUCUCCACCAGCCGGGAACUCCUCAUGGACCUGAUGGAGCUGGCUGAAGAUGGCGUGACCCUCACCCAGUGUGGUCACACUGCUUCAGGCCCUGACAAAGACAAGAGUGCCGGUCAGAUCACAAACCUUCGCCUGAGCGGCUUCGUCCUGGAGGAGUCCGAGGAGCAGGCCGACCUCUGUGUGAGCGGCUUCCUACCAGAACCAACGCACACACAUUCAGAGGACGCCCGCUGCCGAGCGAGGAGGACGAUGGCUCAGCCGGGGGCAAAUGAGCGAGGCGGCCACCACUCGGUGGCGCUAUCCAGACUGGCCUCAGACCUGAGCAGCAUGGUCAACAACCCUCAGCUCAGUGACCUGCAGCUCCAGGUGGACAGUGGAGAGGUCUACUUUGCUCAUUCCUUCAUGCUGUAUGCUCGAUGCCCCCUGCUGGCAGAAAUGGUACAUGAAAGUGGUUUUGGGGUGCAGGAGGAAGGCGGGCCUGCAGUCCAAAGAGUGUUGAUGAAUGACGUCCCGGGACAGGCGGUGUUGGCCUUGCUGCAGUAUCUCUACACGGCCCGCUGCUCCAUCCCAGCAUCGCUACGGGCUCAUGUGCUGGAGCUGGCAUCUCGGUUUGACUUGCAGGAGCUACAAUUGCUUUGCGAGCGUCACCAACAGAACCCAGCGACUCAGGAGGAUGAGGAAGACCACGUGAACCGGGAGGAGAACGGCAACGACCAAACGGACCAGGCCUUCGCGGAACUGCUCCGCUCCAUGUGGGACGGAGAGGAUGAAGACGGCUGGGGCCCAGGUGUAGAUGGAGAAAGGCACGAAGAGAGAGAAUUGGAAGAUCAUCAAGCCGAAGACCUUGCGUCAGGGGACCGGGAGAUCCGCGAAGAGAACGUGAACGAGGAAGAGCUCGAGGAGAUCUAUGAGUUUGCCGCCACGCAGAGAAAGAGGGAGGAGGAUGAAGACAGCACGGAGGAGGAGAAGGUGGACGAGGAAGAAGACGUGUUAACAAAAGCGACGGAACCCCAAAGAAGUCCAUCAGGCCUCGGCGUAAAACAACUGCAGCCAAACUCUCAACUUGAGCCGGAGCCUGGCCUGGAUCUCAGCUACAACCGCCUCUUCUCAGACUCCUGGGGGGUCUACGAGGAAGCAGACCCUUCCUCCUUACCCUCCACUUCUGCCCCCACUAAGACGCACACCCCUCAAUACCAGCAACACCAGUCCCCUCAUAAACCCUCAUCUGAACCCUCUUUGCUUCGGUCCUCAGCAAGCGUGGUUGACGACCUUUCCCUCAGCCCUUUAGCAAAUGCGUCCAGCCUGCCGAUCCCGGGUCAGUCUCCUGGUCCAGUGAGUGACUGGGGUGACGGUGGAGACGAGGGAACAGAGGAUCUGGCUUUAAAGGGCAACGGUCAUGGUCCUCGUAACAUUUGUGUCCCUCUGGAAAAGAAGGAACCUGAGCUCAUUGUUUUGUCUGACUCAAGCGAGGAGAUGGAGGUAUUUCUUAGUUCCCGCAGUUCUUCGCCACAUCCCUCUGGCGCCGUCCAGAAACCGCAGAGCUACACCCAGUUAAAACCUCAGCCAGUCCCGAAACCUGAUGAACCCUCCACCCUGCAGAAUAAACAGUCCAGUAGUUUAGAGUCGAGUCCUGAUGAUCCAUCUGCGGCGCCAGUUCAAAGUCAUCUAGGUCCCUGGUGUGAGCAGAAUCCAGCAGACUGUUCUCCAGAAGUGUCCUGGCUGAUCCCAUCCACACCGGUCCAGCCCGGAAGAAGCACCACAACCAGCUCCACUCAGACUAAAAGCAGCAUGUGCCGGACACAGCUGUUCCCUAAAGGCAACAACACUUCCAUGUCCUCUGUUUUCUCUUCCCCUGCUUUACCUAUUAACAACAGAGCGCAAACCUCCAACAGUCCUGUCGGAGUCGCUGCCCACGUUGGCCCAACAGAGGGCAGUGUUCCCAAGUUGAACCUGGAUGAGACUUGUCACUCCAGCUUAGACCUCAACGUUUGUUCUCAAAGCCCCAGUAGUUGUGGUGUGAGCAAGGAUCGAGGCGUGUGUGCACUUCCCCCGUGCCAACCUAAGCUCUCAUGCUCGAAGCAGGACACACGUUUCCACGUCCAGCCCCACCCUUACAGCAGCACUCCCCUGCACACAGAGCUCCACAGGGCCCCCGCUCUUCUUGCCACCUCCCCGCUACAUAGCGACCUUGAUAAGAGUUGGACAAGUCUAGGAAAGGAUAGGGCGCCGUCUGAAAGCCCGGAGAAGACAGAGUUGGGGAGCUUUCAUCUGUCACCCCUGUCUGACCGCUCCCAUCCACCCUCGUCUUCCUCCGACAGAGCUCUUCAAGGUUCACAGAGGCAGAGUGAAUCCUCUCGUCAAAGUCGUCGCUCUGUUGAGUUCAGCAGUCACAACAACACAGGGUCUGAGCUCAAGGGGAGAGGAUUAAGAAAUGACAAGGGAGAAGGAGAGAGGGGAGGUGGAAAGAAAGACACAGGUGAUGAAGGAGAGCAGGAGAGAGCAGAAAGGGGAGAGGCAGAUGUUGCUGAAUCCAGUUUCGCACAGAGCUUCGUGGCCAUGGACGAGCCCCCCAUCGCUUUCAGUGACUCGUGGGGUUUCGAUGCAGUAGAUUUGGAGGCAAACCCGGGCUGCUUCAGUCUGAGGCUGGAGGACAGCGGAGCAUCCAGCCAGCAAGGCGAGCGUGGCCCGGGACAACGAGAUGCAGCCAGGUCGUCCUCCCCUACUGACCACCGACCUUCCCCAGGCAGUCACAGUGUCCAUUUAUUGAACAGCCAUGUGACUGCCUCACCUCCAUCCAAAGCCCACCGCUCACCUCCAUCCACCAGUGUACAAGCUCAUGCAGGCCUUUCCUUUACCCCUUCACCUCCUGACCCCACAAACCAGACCACUCCAGAGAUCAUCAACAGCCUCCUGGGCUCCAACAUAUGGGACAGCUGGGAGGAAGAUGAAGAGGAGGAGGCUCCUCCUCUCUCUCAGAGGGUGAACCCUUGCGCUCAGCUCAAAACACCAGCACCAUUACAUAAUAACCGGCGUCGCACCUUGGUGCCCAUCACCCCCUUGCCCCACUACUCUGACAUGGACACACCGGAGCUCAAGAACAAACUCAACAGGUUUGGUGUUCGGCCUUUACCCAAGCGCCAGAUGAUCCUCAAACUGAAGGAGAUCCACCAGUACACCCACCAGCUGGUCAGCUCUGAGGAAGAGGAGGAGGCACCGUCUGCGAGCCGCACAGUUCCGACGAAGCGACCGACCACCGGGUCAGACGUUCGUGGCGGCAGACCGGCCUCCUGCACCCAGAGAGUGAAGUUUAAAGAGCCCAGAGGGCCCGCUGCCAUCUCCCCUCUGAAGCCCACCAGAGAGGAGGAGGUGGAGCUGCUUUCUGCCUCGCAGGGCUCCAACACCUCUUCAACUGCUGCCAUUGAAGAAUCUGAAAGCAGGUCCAACCCAGAGCUGUGCCUCUCCUCCGACUCAGACAGCGAUGGCGGCAUCUCUGCCUCCCAGACAGCAAACCGCCACCAAGACCGUCUCCGGGCGGUGCGCUCCUUCAUCCUGUCCGACCCCCAACUGUACAGUCAGAUCCUGCAGUACCGGCCUCUGGCGUUGUCGCAGCUCCAGGAGCGACUCAAAGCGGCCGGGAUCCGUCUGGGUGCUGCCAAGUUACUGGACUACCUGGACUCCCAGUGCAUCACCUUCACCACGGCCAAGCCGGGCCACCCCGCCCCCGCCCGGAGGCGGGGCAAGAGGACAGGCAGGGGGGCAAAGGGUGACCGGGGAGUGGGCCGCAAAAGACCGGUUACAGCCCUGAUUUAAAACUUUAGAACGGCACGUAGGCAAUCAAGUAGAAACCGUGCGAGGUGGCAGGUUUGAGCGUUUCUGACAAUAACUUACGGCAGAUUUGGAAGAAGUUGUUCCUGGACAGAUGACACGAGAUUCCUCAAGAGUUGACGUCCGGGUUUACCACGUUGUUGAAUUGUUUCUUCAGGACAGGUUUAGCAAUUUAUGUACUCUGUUUUGAAUGUUGCAUUAUGAACCAACUUUGUACAUUUAAAAAUGGUAAGAAGGAUGACUUGUAUUUAUGUAUGAAAUGGAUAAGCAUCCUCUGUCAUCUUAUGUAUGUGAUGGUACAAAAACAAUCCAGCCAGGUACCAUCACAAUAAUAAAUGUUUCAAUCGA